CAAAAAUAGUAGUAGUUCAUUUUCAAAUCACUUACUAAAUCAACAUAAAGUCCUUUUUUUUUCUCACAUUAUAAAUGUAACCACACAACAACACUAGUCCUUUGGAUUCUUCUCUAGUUUACUCGCCCAUGACGUCGCUCACGGGACUCCUCACCGUAAUCAUACUCGCCGGAGUCUGCACCGGUAGGGAACUCCGUCCAUCCGAUCACGGACUCGGCUACCAAUCCUCCCCGCCGGCAAAUUCUCCCCCGGAUAUGAAAUCCUUCUUCAACAGCAACAACUCCUCUUCUUCAUCUUCCUUUUCUGAUGCAUCUCCAUGGAAUCUCACAAAUUCUCUUCCUCCGGUGUUACCGAGAACCACCGGCCACGACGGAGGACGGUUGGGAAAAGCGUUAGUAAUGGCAAGCUUGGUGUGUGGAAUCACAGGUGUCAUUUUAUUAGUGGUUUCCGUUUUGCUUUUUCUGUUUAAGCGCCGAAGAAGAAACUCAGAGCAAAACGAUUCGUUUCGUGUUGAUGAUGAUAAUUUUAAUUUUAAUAAUAAUAAUAAUAAUGAUAAUGCUAACAAACUUGAGGUGGUGCGGAGUUCGUGAGUUUUUUCUUUCUCGCUGUUUUUAUCUUAUAUUAUUCCAUUCUUAGGUUGUUUCUUUUUUCUAUUAAUGUUGUGUUUUUUUAGUAAAGGUGAAGGGUCAAGGGUCAUUGUGUAAAUUCAUUGAUAUGUAUAUGACAACUAUAAUUUUUUUUCUUUCUUGUAGUAUAUUUUAUAUUAUUGGUUGGUAUUAUUUUGGGUUUUAAAGUUUUU